CCUCACCAAAUGAUUGGACGCAAAUUAUUUCAGCCCCCGCGGCAGCAUGCAUGAGUACCGAGGCUGUGCACCUGUCGUAUCUGCCUUGCGCAGCACAUCUUUGACCGGAUCAUCUGCCUAGACAAAACAUCUCGGACAUCAGCCUGCUGCCUAUGUCCGAGUAAGGUGUUCGGCUUAAUGGAGUGUAUCAAGACUUACAUUGCGUCUUGGAGGUGGUCAAGGCCUACUUCCACGCACAGAACACACACAGACAAGAUCGAAAAAUAUCAGCCUGGAUACCCUCGUUUCGCUGCUCUCAUCUCCUCACAUGCGCCGUUCUUUCUAUGCCGACGUUUCAGCAGGCUGCGUGCUCGGGUUCUUCUCAAGAAGCAAGAUAGGCUUUCCAUGCUUGAGGAAAGACUAGAUGAAAUCGAUGACAAAGAGACCUCCCUCCUGUUCCUCGGAAAGAGCCGAAUCGACAAAAAUGCUGCUAGACUGUCGCUGCUGGAAGACAUCGAAUCAGCAUUAGCUGACUACGGUGAGUGCUCAUGGGUCCAAGGGAUUAAGAGAUUGGAAGCUAAGAGCUUAGAUAAAUUCACAGAAGACAGUCGCCGUAUGCUCAGCUUAGAUGCCGCUGAAUCACGAGACAUGGCCAGCUUGCAAAACUGGCUCGAUGGCACUGGAUGCAUUGCGCGAGAUGAAUCGGCGUAUAUCAAGCACUCGCGUGAGAUGGCCUGUCUAUCCCCUUGUGGGGACAGCGCUCUGGUUCAACUUGAGGCUUGGGUAGAAACCAAACUGACCCGUGUCUACCGUGGCUUCCGGCAGAACCGAGAUUACGACCUUUCGACCGACCCAAAUGUAUACCUAUACUCUGGGCAAAUAAUCAAACGGAUCGCUAGAGCGUUGUUGUUAUUUCUGAUAACAACUCUUCUGCUGAUGCCUGUUGUAAUCUGCAACAUGGCGAAUAGCACCACUGUACGACUGAUAAUCAUUGUCAUUUCUACAAUAUGUUAUCUCUUCAUACUGUCUGAGAUGACGAAGUCAAGGACAAUAGAACUGGUACUUGCGGGCGCAACCUAUGCCACUGUUCUCAUCGUAUUUGUUUCAGGCGCCAAUAGCAUGUAAAAUCAGGACGAUCCUGUCAAAUCUCGAGAGCUGGGAUAGUUAUUGAAAUCGCCAAGUACUGCAGUGCAGAGCAAACAACUGUCAGCUGGGUGAACUUUGAGAUGACGGGAAAAGCAAAAGGGUGGGAAGAGUAAAAAAGGAAAAACAUACAACAGCGGGUAUUCGCU